AUGACAACAAGUGCGGAACAACAAAAUGGUUAUGUUGGGACUACUGCUGCAAUGGCAACUGCGUCUUCAAGUCGCACAACUCCUGCACCGCGCUUUAUCAGCGAAGACGUUCCAAUUCUGGGAGAAGAAACUCCUGAAAAUGAGCGAUUUGUGGUCACUGAGGCAUACAAGCAUUCUGACUUCUUAUGCAAAAACUAUAUUUUAAGUUGCUGGGAAGACGACUUGUACAAUGUUUAUAGAGUCAUGAAAAUAUCAAGAGAAUUGUGGAAUGCUCUUGAAAAGAAUUGCAAGACUGAAGAUGCUAGACUAAAGAAGUUUGUGGCCGCUAAAUUUCUGGAUUUCAAAAUGGUUGACGCAUUUCAAGUUGGGGCAUUUAUUGAAAAGCUACCUCCGCUAUGGAAGGACUUUAAGAAUUACUUAAAACAUAAGCGCAAAGAGAUGAUGCUUGAAGACCUUAUUGUUCGUCUACGGAUUGAAGAGGACAACAAGGCUGCUGAGAAGAAGUCUCGUGAAAAUUCAACAAUUAUGGGUACAAAUAUUGUUGAGGAAGCUUCAACGAGCAAAAAGAGAAAGAAGUCGUCUGGUCCAAAGAAUUACCCAAGAAAAAAGAAGUUCAAAGGUAAUUGCCACAACUAUGGAAAUGUUGGACACAAGGCUGCUGAAUGUCGUGCACAAAAGAAGGACAAGAAAAAAAGUCAAGCCAACAUGAUUGAGAAGAAUGAUGAAAUAGAAGAUUUAUGUGCCAUGAUUUCGGAGUGCAACCUAGUCGGAAAUCCUAGAGAAUAG